UGCGUUUCAACCAACCUUGAUUUAGAAUCCGUUAAACCAAUUUUCUCCUAUAGAAAACGUUUUUAAAACGUUUCAGCGUGGAUUAUCAAUUUGAAUUGGCGUGAGAAAACUGUAUCGCUAGCGGCACAUGGUGUUCAAAGCUUUUUGUACUUUUGGUAUUCUCGUCGCAACAUAUAGCACCAUCAGGAAACAGGUGUAUCUUUCGAUAGCUAAAACAAGAAAGAACAGCCUACUUUUGCGACGAUCAUUCAUUCCCGGAUGCCUGACUUUUCUGAUAUUCAAUUCAAGUUAGGAGACAAAAUCGAAAUCAUAGUAGGCACAAUUAUUAUCUUUAUUAUGAACCACUGGAGCAGUUCAUUUCAAUCACAGCUAUCCGAAAUUUGCUAAAAGAACGGGUACUAAAGAUAGAAGUAUUGUUAUUCGUAUCAUGAUUAAAGAAAAAAGCAUUUGAGAAAUAAGUAAUAUAACGGAUGCAACCAAAUCUACGGCUUACGACAUCAUAAUUAUUACUUUCUGUAAUAAUAUUUCUUCUUCUUGGCUUUAACGACUUUACAGGUCACGCUGGCAAUUUUUGGCUUACUAGAUUUAUUUUACCACAUAGCAGGAUAGUCAGUCUUUGCUACGCGGGAACGGUCCGGAUGGGAUUUGACCCCGGUCUGUAUUCUGUAAUACUAAUUUUGACGAAUAGAAACAAAAGGUCAAUCGAUCGCCAAGAACACAAAAAAAAAUCGUUUUUUUAUUGUUUCCAAGUGAACAGUUUCGAUAUCGAACAGAACGCUACUUCCCAGUUGUGGUUAAUUUGCAAGAAUCAGCAAUAUUGUUUUGUUUCUGGUUCAAUUUCUGCAACGAAAGGAAAAAAGACAGGAAGAUUGGGUUUGUUUUGUUUUGAACACAAAGCGACCCUAUUGCUGACUGUUGUUUUCUGGUAAGCCGGCAUUGUUUUUUUUUCGCUGUAUCGAUGAUCAACCCAGUCAUUCCUACGAAUGCAUAGGCGAUACGGUUCAGUUUAAAAGUGAGCCCAGAUCGCACUUGUCGUAGAUCCGUGUAUUGCAUAAAGAUAUUUUAUCGACCGUUGUGUAUUAAAAUAAGUUUUCUUGAUGCCGCAAGUCAGUGAAGGUAAUUGAACUUAAUGCAAAAUAUGCAUAUUUCGAUAUUUCAAGUGAUUGCAAAAAAAAAAAAUCGCAACAAGCAGACUUGCCAUUGCAUUGGAAAAAUUAAAUUAUAAUAUUACAAAAGAGAUCAUGCAACCACGCUUGUCAGUUUUAACAAGAAAAAUAUGUAAAAAAAGAAAGUAGGCCCAACUGUCAAACGCUACCAACAUGAACCAGCCUUUCAGCAACAAGCUGUCAAAGAACCAAAACCCAGUUGCGGCAGUAUCAAUAAAGAAGCAGAGCCGAUCGAACCAUUUCGCUUUUAGUACGCUGAGAAGGUGCCUGUCUAUUGAUUGAAAGACUGAUCGCAGUUUUCUUUAUGAAAUGGACGAUUCUUACAAUAAACGCCUGCGGCAGCAGGUGGAAGAAUGUCUUCGAAACGCAAUAGAGCAACUUAGGAAUAUCAAGGAUGUACGAUUUCGUGCAGAAGCCGAAGCACCACUACGAAUGAUAAACCAAAAGUUGCAUGAAAUCGACAGAAUUAAAACAAUGAAAUUAGAAAUCUUCAGAGAGAUAAUACAAAAGAGUUUGAUAAAGAUUUUCAAAAAAUGGGCGUUGGAGAACGAGGCUGAUGAAAAUUUUAUUCGGAUGCUUGGGUCGACCUCACUAUUUAUGAACGCGGACUCAUCCGAAUUUUUAACUUCACGUGAGCAUCACCGUUUACCUGUAGAUCAGCUUGCUGUGGAAACCGACCAAAGACUUGCGUUAAAAUAUCCCAGGAAAAAAAAUGGCGCGCCGCACAAUUGCAAUCCUUGCAAUAAAUCACAUGAUAAUGCAGAACAAUCUACUAGCACAUUAUUUAAACGAAGACAUGAAGUGUUCGUUCCACAACCACAGCCUGCAACGUACGGUGAACAUAAGAGGAUGAUGCAGCAACUUCAUCUGCAAGAAGAUGCAAGAAAACAGGCUAUGCCGGAAGCUGCAACAGAUAUCCGAAUCAAUCAAGAAGUUUCAAAAACAAAACCGAACACAGCGAACGCUACAAGAUCAAUCCACUUAAUCAAUCAAGAAAAUGCAAGCAAACAGGACAUGCCGAAAGCUGUAAAAGAUAUCCGAAACAUUGUGAAAAAUAAUGAUAAAACAUCCAAUGUACCUGAACAGUGUAUCAGGACUGACCAGAUGUCAGUACCAGGUGUUCGCAUGGAAUCCAGAAAAUUGUGCAAUAGCAUUGAUUCCAUUGGUGACAAUGCGCAAAUAGAUAACAGAAAUGAUGUGCGUGUAUUACCGGAAACAACAAACAAAAUCGCUCAUCAGCAGAGUGAAAGUCAGUAUCCUGCGAAGAAUCGUGAAAGAAAUGGCGAUACCAAUGAUCAGGUUAUUGCACAGCAGUCGAAACCAACAAAACCACAUCAUAAAAAUAAAAAAAUCCAUAAUGAGCUGCAUGAUUUACUUUCAUACACAGCAGAAAUUUUUCCAAAGUUAAGUAAGAGAAAAAGUAUCUCCGCUGAAGAAGAACACAAUAUGCAAUUAUUGAAACAAUUUGGAAUUACCAAAAGGUUACAAAUAAUUUUGCAACCUAGUGACUGCGAACAAAUUGCACAACGCACUCGAAGCAAAUCAAUUGACUCGACAAAAUAUCUGGAAAAUUUAGAAGCAGCUAAGCCAAAUGUACCAGUACCCAGUAAAAUUAGCCACCGUAGAGAAUCAAGAUCGAUGGAACUGAAAAAACAAUUACCUACUUCCACGAACAGUAGUGGCACAAAAAUAAAACAAACUGCUCGUAAGUCGGUGUCUAAACCCCAAAAUACUGUGAAGCCAAAAGCUAGCAGCAAAAAUCAUGUAAACAUAAAAAAUGUGUUCAAACACGUUUCCAAAGAGGAACAAAAGUUAGUAAAAUCGGAUACUGCCUCAAAAAAAAGAAUACGACGAUCCCCAAGUCCUCCUCCUGCGAAGAGACCGCGAAAUAUCGCAAAUCUUUCAACCGAUAUCCAUGCACUGGCGACGACUGAACAGAAUUCAGCUAAAGAUUCUGAUGAAGAUGACCAAUUCGCACUGUUACCAAAUGUGAUAUUGAAACAAAAUCCACAACCUAACAAUGAUCUGAAGGUACAUUGUCACAGCGAUUACAUGGAGAAAUGUUGCCUCUGUUCCUAUGACGGUGAACUAAUGGUGCAACACUAUGUGUACAAUCAUCCAAAGAAGGCUGUAUACAUUAGUCGUCUUGCUCCCGAGCAAGCACGACUAAUAAGAGCUGAUCCAUUCGGCAUCAGUGGCCGAAAAGCAGUAUCCAGGUACGGUGACCAGGAGAUAAUAGUAUUUCGAUGCCAUUUUUGUGACUUGCGGUUAAAUGAAUCACAAGAUAUAUGGCUGGAUCACAUAUCGAAACAUACGGGUGAAUAUCGUUACAAAUGUAUGCUAUGUCCAACAUUUUCCCGCCAUCCCACCGACAGAGUGCCGCAUCAUGCACUUUGUACCAAUCCUGUCAUGCAUUUAUGGCAUACAUACACCUUCGAGGACAAUCAUUUGUACGCAUACAUGUGCAACAAGUGCAACUUUGUUCAGGUUCUUUUGGGCAACAUGAUACGACAUUUCCAUCAGGAUCAUUCAGAACCUGGUUCAAUUGAGGGACGAUACACGAAAUUUAGCUUGGUCAACUACAACCUGCAGGAAGAAGAUACGGAACUGCCCUACGGGAUGGUAAAAUUAGAACCGAUUUUUGAUGACACUAAUGCUCCCAUGGAAGAAAUCAUCAAGCAGGAAGUAGAAUUUACGCCUGCUGAGGAUUGUCUGACACCGAGCACAGCGUCGUUGCAAGACAUCGUGCAGGAGCAGCGCUCGCCAGAAGUUAUAACCAUAAAAAAGGAAAUUCUCACUAAUGACAAUGAUCAAGGUAAAACAAACACUUCAGAAGAAACCACUGAAGCAAGAUGCGAGCCACAAGAAAGUCGAGAAUUUUCGUAUUCAAGUAGCGUUCUUGUUAAGAGACUACCAGGUGACACACUCUCUUUGAAAGAGGACAACAGCAAACCAGUUUGUAAUUCAUCUUUUCUUAAAGAGUAUGACAUUAAAUAUAGUACAAGCAACGCUGGUUCUAGGGAUACAACGAACUCUACUAGUGUGUAUUCAGGAACUAAUCAGCAUCAUGCAACGUCAUCAAUGGUAGCUCUGCAGCCGUGGAAUGGGAAAGAUGGUAACAAAAUGCUGCUACAUACGAGUAAAUUAACAGAUCAGUUUUUGAUAGCGCCAUACAAAUGUACCGCAUUCAACUGUGGAUUUUAUACAAAUACUUCGCAAACAAUGGCCUCCCAUUUCCAAAGACACCAAAAACUGACAACGGUGCAUCCGAUAACACGUGAUAGCUCAUGGUUGGAAUGUUGCUACUGUAACUAUGUUUCGUUGAGUGUACACAAUUUGCUGCAACAUAUUGAAACGGUGCACAAGUACUGUGCCUAUCAAUGUGAUCGUUGUUGUUAUCGAAGCCGGGAUCCCAACAGUGUCCGAGUUCAUCAACUGAAUUACCACUUAGAAUACGAUGCCGAUGCCAAGAUCGUAUGGAUUCCGAGUCGACAGAAAGAAUAUUCCUCUAUGGACAGGGACAUCAUUAUGAAUCAUCUGAAAAUCAAUGUGAAUGUUCUGCAAUGUACAAAUUGUUCUUCAAGAGAGUUCAACGAUAUGGAAGAAUAUCAGAAUCACAUGAAAGCGCACGGCCUGAUAUACAUUGCGUGUCAUGUUUGUGAUCUGAUAGUUGCUGCAAACAAGAUGAUAGAUCAUAUCAGUUCGCAUAACAUAUUUAUGAUUCAGUGCAUAUAUUGUGAUUAUGGGAUAAAUGAUGUUAAUACGAUCAUGAAGCAUGUCGUUGAUGAACACUCUGACGAAUUGUUAUGUUACCAUGUUAGAUGUUCAAAGAAUGUUCCACCAUUUAUCCGAGUGCAAAACAGAAUAUCACCAGAACGUUUUAUCAAUUGUGAACAAAAUUUCUAAGAAUUGCUUUAAUAUCGAUGAACACUUACUUCUGUAGAUAUAAAAUUAAUUUAAACUAUUAAAUAUAAUAAAUGUAUGCAUUUUACUUUAUUUUAAUUUCCUCUGGUUCGCUGACGGAAUAGACAAACUUCGUUAUUAUGUAUUAUAAGGUAUAUUAAUUAUGACAAAUUUGUGGUUAUGUCUAUUGUCAGUGUAUGUAGCAAACCGCACUGAUACGGGUAUGGAUCCGAAGCUUCUCGAAGUAUAACGUAGGCACUCCAUACCCUAUACCAUACCCAUACCCGACUCAAUAUGUCCAUGGCGUACAGAACGGUAACAUAUCUCUCCAAAUAUCUGAGCUUUGGUAUGCGAGGAAAGCCAACCCCUUGGGAACAUAUGGCUUGGGUUAUAUGGCUAAAUUGAGCGGAGGGGGACAGCCAGCAUUUCUUCUGUCCAGGCAUAGUACGGGGCUGUAAACAGCUAGGAUGCGUGGACCCUCCCACGAGACAUGGGGUUGGGACAGAGGCCUUGCAAGCCACCCCCCAUACAAAAAUUAAAAGGAAAUUUCGAAUCGGAAUAAAAGAUAUUGGCCCACGCCCCGAUACAAGGACAACGAUGAGAAACUCGGGACAUGGAAUUGCAGAUCCCUCAAGCAUCUCAAGCAGAACAAGGAGAGAGCCAGCGGCUUCGAAAUAGUAGUACCUCUGGAGGUGCGUUGGAAAGGAGUUAAGGAGCGCUGCUACCGCAGUGAUUGCAUGAUCUAGUGAUAGCGGUGGUGAAAAGCAUGAACUCGAUACAGCGGUACAAUGGUACAGGAUGGUGGCCAAUUAACGAACUGAUGUGCCGGUUGAGUGUUCGUGUAAGGUUUUUCAACCUGAGCAUUAUUAAUGUGCAUAGUCCGCCCCUGGGGGCGGCCCGGUGGUGCAUGUGAUAAACGGCGCCAGUCCACACGACCGGACCGGGUUCAAAUCCCAUCCGGACCGUCCCCCCCGUAGCAAGGACUGACUAUCCGGCCACGUGGUAAAAAUAAGUCUAGUAAGCCAGAAAUGGCCGGCGUGACCUGUAAGGUCGUUAAAGCCAAGAAGAGAGAGAGAGUCCGCCCCUUGGAAGCACCGAUGACGAUAAGGAGAUCUUCUAUACGCAGUUGGAGAGGGAUUACGACCGCUGCCCACAACACGUCGUCUAGAUCGUCAUUGGAGACUUUAGCGCUCAGGUUGGACGAGAGAAGGCAUACAAACCCAUCAUAGGAAGAUUCAGCGUUCACCAGCUGACGAACGACAAUGGGCCUCGUCU